AAUAGUAAAUUAAAAAAAAUAAGGGAAAUGAGGAUAAUAAGUAUUUUGCUUUUGAUUGUCUUGCCUGGAGCAUAUACUCAAGAUUCGACAAUACAAAAUGGAGAGUGCAAAGACGCAACAGAUACUAAUUCCGCACCAUCGUACGAAAAUUGUGAUGAGAAUGACAUUAAUUGUAAAGAAUUUUACUUUGAUGCGGAAAAUCUGGAAGACCUCGAACGAGAAGUCUCAGCAUACGUUGAAAGUCAGCUAGUCGGCAACAAAAAAUGUCCCCAGUAUACAUUUGGUUUUCCUAACAGACGUCAGAUACGAGAUUACGUCAUCGUAAACGCAUCAAUCCCGGAUAUGACCGAAGCCACUGUCUGUGCUUGGGUAUCUCCGAUUCAUGACAAGAUUGUAAAUGGUGCCGUGUUCAGCUAUGCAACAACUGACCACCAUAACACUCUACUAAUCGAAUUUGAGCCAAAACUGAGAGUUUAUUUACAUCCAAACAAAUUGACUUUCGAUGGAAUUGAAAACAAAAACGAAAACCAUAUCUGUGUUGUUGUUUCCACAAUAAAUAACUCUGUUCAUCUAUAUCUCAACGGAACCGAACAUUCACGUAAGACAUUGCGCCAUAAAAUUACUGAAAUUAAGGGGCAAGGAACUGUAGUACUUGGGCAAGAUCAAGAUAAAAUUCUGGGUAAAUUUGAAGUUAGAGAUUCUUUCCUUGGUUUCAUAAAGAAUUGCAUGCUCUGGCAUCGCACUUUAACCCCCGGCGAAAUUGAAGAUAUGCAGAAUGAAUGCAACUGUCCGAAAGAUUACAUCAUGUCUGCCAAAAAUGGUGACCGCAUAUUUGGCAAUGUGACUUCUGAAUUCUUCGAUAUAUGCUGAAACAGUAUCAUGUUGGAAUACCCAUAAUAGGGAGUUUUGUUAUGGAUUGUUGUUUUCGUAUUCUAUUAAAAUGUAUAUAAACUAUUUUCUAGUAUAAAUGGCAGUUUGCUAGAUUGUUAUUCCCUGUUGUGUUGGGGUAUUUCUUUAUCCCAUUAGCAAACUACUUUUCAUAAUUUGGUUUAUUUUUAUAGAAUGUAAGUUAAAUUUUCAACGAAUGAUAUCUAUUGGGGUAUUAUG